CCCCUCCCACUUCUCUGGAAUCUCGAGCUUCUGCGCUCGGCGAGUGAGGAGGGGGAAUGUCGUUACACAUCUAUAUUGCUCACUCGGGUGAGCAUUUACUAGCUGAUCCGGUCGCUUUUGCCUCCCUGGAGGCACUCAAAUCAUGGAUCGUUCGAAGUACGUCGAUCCCACCGGCUAGACAGAUCUUGAUGACUGCCCGCGGCAAGAAUGUCAAGAUCCAGACCCUAGCCACCGAGACCGAGAUUUUCGUGUAUGACCGACAAUACGUGAGCGAACCCGGCGAGAUCGAGCUUCCGGAGCUACCUCCGCCCGAACCAUUUCAGCCGAGCAAGCCUCCGGCCUCCCUCACAGACCAAAACGACCUGCAGGCAUGGCGGAACCUCUUUAUGACGAGACGGAGCUGGGCUCUUGAGUUGUCUAGUCGCUGCGGAAUCACCGAUAAGAACAUACGGGGACAUAAUGAGCGAACGGAUGUCAUCAAUCGUGCAGUGGGCGUUGCUCUAGAGAAUCUGAAAUCUCACGUGGGCAACCUCGAACAUCGGUUCCAGGAGGCACAGGAAUGGGCGAACAACCUUUUGGAAGAGCAGCAGGCGGCCCUGGAUGGUUGGCAUACUGCUCUCGAGACCUUGGAGAAGAUCCCCGCUCGCAAAGACUCCCCACUCAUCGGCCGCCCAUCCACGCCAAAGAAAGACAAGGGUCGGCCUACGGGGACUCUUCGUGACUUUGUAGAUAUGGCCGAGGUCCAACAAGCCGGAUCGGAGGCGGCAUCUGUGUCGCCGCGCUUUGCUGGGCAGGUCCAGGAUAUUGAGAAGGCCGUCAGCGCUAUUGCAUCGGACACUCAACAACUGGUCGAUGAGGUGAGCAUUUCGCCCAGCGAGAGAGAUGAGGGCUUGCUCGAAGAGGUGGAAACGGUUGCAAAGAAGAUCGGUUCCGAUUAUGAACAUAUCCUCAGCCUCCCAAACAAUCAAAAGAUGCUCGCAAAUGUUUCCAGGCUUGCGCUCAACCACACCCAAAACCUUCUUCCAUCGCUGUUGGAACUCGGCGCAGAUAUGCAGCAGGCCUUGGAGCAAGCUGUGCGGCGCCGCGGCGCCGCAGAAAAAGCGGCUCUCCAACACAUGCGCACGAUUUCCUUUAUUGAAUCACGACUGGCCGAUGCUCACGCUCAUCUGGUCAACUUGGAUGUGAACAGUAACGCGUUUGACGUCAUCUACGGUGUCUUGCAGAUGCCGAUGCUUUAUGGGUCCAUUUUAGUAGAGUCGGUGCGGCGGCGGGAAUGGAGCGACAAAAUCAAGACCGAUUCCCUGACCUUGGCCGAGGAGAUGGCUGUGUUGAGAGAUGAGGAGCAGCGUCGACGCAAGAAGUGGCUGAAAACCAUGGGAGAUUUCAUCUCAUCUGCAGACUCCGCUGCUCCCGGAAUCGAAAUUAACCUACAAGGGCAAGAUGAUGAAUGGCCUGAAGUGAGCCGAAAAGAGAUUGAAAAUUAUAUUGAAGACCUACGGUCAAAAUAUUCCUUGACUAAAAUUGCAGAAGACUUAUCUCAACAGUUUAAGGAAUUGGAUGCACCCACGCGUCAGCAAAGACGACGAGCGAAAGCCUUCAAAAAUGGCAGUGUGUUUGAUCUGAGCCGAAGCUCUAUGUUGCUACGCGGUGAUGACAUGGUUCGGAGUCUCCAAGAGGAGAAAGCGAAGCUAGAAGAUAGGCUCAAGGGGUCGGACAGCCGGGUCCGCAAACUCGAGGAUCUGCUUCAUCGCCAAAGCCAUAUCACGUCUCCACACCCGGAUGCCCUAUCCCGACGUUCUUCAGUCUCAUCCCGACGAGUCUCGAUGACCCAGCCCCCGGAGGACAGGGCACUUGUCCAACGCAUCGUUACACUCGAGGCGGAGCUGGCAGCCGAGAAGGAGACCGUCCAGAGACUUCACAAAGAGGCCCACGCCGAGCGCCAAACCAACUCCGACAAGUACCAAGAGGCUCAAUCUACAAAGAAAGAUCUCAUUGGGAACCUCGAAGCACGUCAGCGUGAGUUCGAGGAUGAGCGAAGGUACUUGGAGGCGGAAGUGAAAAAGUUCCGGCUGCGCAACGAAGAAGUCGAGGAGGAACUCGACAGGCUCAUGGACAGUCGAGACCAUGAGAAGCAGGAAACCGACGAACGGAUACAUCAACUCGAGGCUGAUCUGGAGAGCGCUCAGGCCAUCUCUGCCGAAGACGCACGCCGGGUCGAUGAUCUGAAUGAACGCAUCCAAGCUCACGAGAACAAGGAGCGCGAGCUGGAGACGAAGGUUAACGAACUCGAGCACCAGCGAAACAAUUCCGACCAGAAAGACCAAGACAACUAUAGCGCUCUCCAGGCAGCCUUCAUGAGCUUGUCUCCCGGAGGUGCCGUGCCCGAGGAACUUCCUGGCAUCAUCAAAGCCAUCGAGGUCCUUUCGGAAGGGCUCUCGAUCCACGCCAGGAAUGCAGAUGAGAGCGCAUCGAGGGCAAUGGCCGAGAAUAGGUCUCUCGAUGAGCGAAUUAAGCAACUCGAGUCAGAAGCAGAGGAGCAUACAAAGAAUUUCGAAGCGCGUGAAGCUGAGUUGGUCCGCCUCAACGAAGAGCUUUCGCAAACCCGGACGGGACUCGAUGACGCAAGAGCUGAGCUGGAACAGGAGCGUUCGAAGUUGAACUCCUUGCAGUCUCAAAUGUCAACAGGAGAGCGCGGCUCCGAGGAAGAGCGCGAGAGAGUUGCCGAGGAAGAGCGUAGACAUGCAGAUCUUUCGCAGAAACUGGCUGAUGCCGAGUCCCGGGCUCAGAGCUUCCAGGAUAGAGAGCUAGAGUGGGAGAAGAAGUGUGAAACACUCUCUGAGGCGGAGCGACAAGCUGUGGCACGGUUCGAGGCUAGAGGCACCAAGUCUCUCAACCUUUCCAAGCAACUCUACGAGCAAAUUGAGAAGCUGGAAUGGGUGCUCGAGCAGCUGGGCUUCGCAAUCAUCCAGCAGGAGGGUCAACUUGUUGUCCAACGAGCUUCCAAGGUCAAUGCCUUGUCUGGUCUCGGGGAAAGUCUCACCCAGUCCGGCAUUGUCUCUGCGAAACCCGACACGUCGCUACUCGGCUGGAUGCAAGCCGAAACAUUAGAGGAAGAGGAAGCCAAAUUCUCUGCUUUCAUAGAAAGCAUCGCUCUCUUCGAUGUCUCUAUCUUCGGCGAAGCGGUCAUCAAACGCAUGAAGGACAUUGAAACACUUGCCCGGAAAUGGUCGAAAGAAGCCAAAACAUACAAGUCGUACCGCGACAAGUACCAUCGGGUCCAGAGCGAAGCUCACGAGAAGAUUGCCUAUCGCUCCUUCAAAGAAGGAGACCUCGCACUGUUUUUGCCCACUCGCAACCAAGCCAUCCGUUCCUGGGCGGCUUUUAACGUCGGUGCACCGCAUUACUUCCUACGCGAGCAAGACACCCACAAACUCCAAGCACGAGAUUGGCUUCUUGCCCGCAUUAACAAAAUUGAGGAACGUGUGGUUGAUCUAUCAAGGUCCCUGAAUGGCGGUGGCCCCGAUCGACGCUCUCUUGGCGAUGCCAGCGACGGCGCUUCACUGCUGGAAGAUGAAAAUCCCUUCGAACUGUCAGAUGGUCUUCGCUGGUACCUCAUCGAUGCCACGGAAGAAAAGCCCGGCGCGCCCGCUACGCCUGGAAUCUCGAAAAGCACUGUCGCGUCUGCAAAUGUCGACGCCAAAGGCAGCAUUCGCGUGAAACGCCCUAACGAAGACAGCACCGUCGCCCAGACGCUCUCCAAAAGUCUAGACAGCCGUCGCGAUAGCUCCAACUCCAAGCGGGGUACUCCUACGCCUUCGCAAAGGGCCAACGACUCAGCCACGGAUCUUGUCCGUCCCGCUGAGGCCGACACCGGCUUCCAGCAUCGAGAUGCUGAUCCGAUAUUCGACGAGGAUCCUACGUCUGCGUCCCUGCUACAGCCUCGGUCAGACAGCCUCGCCACGUCUCCAGCGUCUCCUCCGUCACGGUCGACGUCCACCCGCCGAGGUGGUCGAUCACGUCCUUGGGAGAAGCUGUGGUCGCUCGAUUAUCGACAUGAGGAUGAUCCGCGAAAGAAGUAG